CGAGCACAAUCAGUGUGCAGAAAGCCCAUCUGAAACGGUGACACAACGCAAUGCCAUGCUGUUGACAGAGAUACCACAUGGCUGUGGAAGAGAAGAGCAGCAGAACAAGUGGAUGAGAAGAUUAGGAAUCCUGAAAGAGAAAGCCGCGAGAAAUUCACGAGGCUCCCAAGGUCCAAAGCUACCCCUGAUUGAGCCUAGCCUUCCCGAUCCCCUAAACGACACGCUAGGCCCAAGAUCGACCAGUGUGUCCUCGAUCUCAACGGCUACUCAUCUUGUGAUGAGGAUCAGAGAACAUGCAACCCAUCAGACGAGGCCAAGCGCGCCCUUUCCCGCACGGAAAGAGCGAGAGGCGUUUGCAGGAAAAUGCCUCCGGCGCACUGGAACUGCUGCUAUUGGCAGUUCAGCCGCCUGCCGCGGAGGUUCUUGCUUCAAGAAGACCCAGAGGCACCCCCAGCGGCACCUAGACAGGCCGGAUGCACAUAUGCAAGAUAGAGUUUGGGGGCGGGGACAGCUCCGUCAACGAACCAGAGCAGACCCAAUGCUUGGGUCCGCUCUCUGGCGCUUGAAUGUGAAGUGUUGAUCGGGACAGUUCUGCUGUGGGGAGCACUUGGCCAUAAUCGUCCACUCAUGAGCGCAUGACUUCCUCCCAAUCCCACCGCAGUGUGAACGCCAGCCCAAUACUACCCUCGUCGGCAGCCUAGUGCGUACCUGCACGUCGCUCGUCUUGUCGUCCCGAAACUACCUUAACAUAAUCUUUUCAUGCUUGUCCUUGUGUCCCAUACCAAGAACCGUAGGGCCUCCAACCUU